CAAUUUGAAAUAUCAUAAAUAAAUUUACUAUGAAUUAUCGUUAGUUAUAACUAUAAUUGAUCAAGUAAGGGAUAUAUCUAAUCAUCGUCAUAAUGUCAUAUAACAAGAGAUCAUUCUCUAAUAGAAACAAUAAUAAUGCUAGCAACAGUUCAUCUCAAGAAGUGACAAUUGAAUUGGAUAAAAAGAAGCAAGUCACGAUUAGAAAAUUUAAUAAUAUAAAUUUGGUUGAUAUACGAGAAUUCUAUAUUGAUAAAGAUUCAAAUGAAAAGAGACCUGGUAAGAAGGGGAUUUCAUUGACAGAGGAUACUUGGUAUAAAUUGUUGGAAGCUACUAAUAAGAUUCAAAAUGCAUUGGAUACCUUGAAUGGUAGACCAGCUGGAUCUUCUACUACUACAACAGCAGCUGCAACUCCAGCAAUAAAGAAAGCUAAAAUUGACGAACCAAAACCAAAACCAGCAAAGGCCCCUCAACCUGAAGAAGAAGAAAGUGAUGAAGAUGCUGAUUGAUUCGAGUAAUAUUACUCAUCAGAUCAAAAUGAUCUAGGUAUAGAUAUCAAUUUGGGUUGAUCUUAAAGGUUAAUUUCAUUAUUUUAUAGCAUAUAGUACUAUGUAUAAGUUAUGUACUUGUCAUUAUUUAUAUUUAUAGCUCAAUUCAGCAAUAGAUUGGUUAAAAAUGAUUUGAAUUGAAUCUUUUUAAAAUAACGCAAUUUUAUACACAAAGCUAACCAUUGAACUUUAAUUAUACCAUUUCAACUUUUACUAGUAAUGAAGUCAUGAAUGCUAUUUAUAGUAAUGUUGUCAGUUUGAUGUUCCUUGUUUGUGUAAAUCAUGUUCUAUCGUAUUGUAAAUUCAAAAGUGGCUGAUAAAGCGCAAUAGUUACUUUUAUUCUGCUUAACCUUAUUCUAUA